AUGGAAAAGGUCUGUAAGAAGCCAUAUAUAUUUAUUUCAGAAUCUGAUGGUCUUAAUGAUUCACUCUUUUAUGGAGAUGAAGAUCUAUCCGGACUAGAAGAGAGCAAGAAUGAAAUCAAUGGGAACUGGCCGGUAACGUCGCUGAACGAAGCCAAGCUCAACGCCAAAGCAAAGCGUCGCUUACGGAAGAAUUCUUCGCGGGACUCUGGAAGGGGAGACUCCGUCAGCGACAAUGGGGAGGGACAUCGAGGGAUUUUACCCACAAGUCCGAAGACAAAGCUUAUGGACAGAAAAUCUAGAACAGGGAAAGGAAGGGGGCUGCCUAAAAAAGGAGGUGCUGGUGGUAAAGGAGUCUGGGGCCCACCCGGACAAGUGUAUGAUGUAGAAGAAGUUGACAUCAGAGACCCAAACUAUGACGAGGAUCAGGAGAACUGUGUUUACGAGACCACUGUCCUUCCUCUGGAUGAAAAGACAUUUGAAAAAUCAGUCACGCCGAUUGUUCAGGAGUAUUUUGAGCACGGGGACACCAAUGAAGUAGCAGAAAUGUUAAAGGAUUUAAAUCUUGGUGAAUUGAAGUGUGGCCUCCCAAUGCUGGCGGUAUCGCUGGCCUUAGAAGGAAAGGCAAGUCACCGAGAAAUGACAUCCAAGCUUCUGCAUGAUCUGUGCGGCACGCUUCUCAGCGCUGAAGAUGUAGCUUCGUCUUUUGACAAACUUCUGCAGGAGCUGCCUGAACUGGUCUUGGACACCCCUAAAGCACCACAGUUAGUCGGGCAGUUCAUUGCUCGAGCCGUUGGAGAUGGAAUCCUUAGCAAGACUUACAUUGACAGCUACAAAGGCACGGUGGAUUGUGACUACUCUCGAGCGGCUCUGAAUCGGGCAACUAUUCUGCUGACCAUGAGUAAAGGAGGAAGGAGAAUAGACAGUGUUUGGGGAACAGGCGGCGGGCAGCAGCCAGUUAAAAAACUAGUUAAAGAGAUUGACAUGUUGCUGAAGGAAUACGUACUUUCUAAUGAUGUCUCAGAGGCCGAACGUUGUCUCCAAGAGCUAGAGGUCCCGCACUUUCAUCAUGAACUUGUGUAUGAAGCAGUCCUGAUGGUCCUGGAAUCAACUGGUGACGCCACCUACAAGAUGAUGCUGAGUUUGUUGGAAGCCCUGUGGAAGUCAGCGGUCAUCACUUUGGACCAAAUGAGAAGGGGCUUCGAUCGAAUUUACCAAGAAAUCCCUGACAUUAAUUUGGAUGCGCCUCACGCAUACUCUGUGCUGGAACGCUUUGUAGAGGACUGCUUCAAGGCGGGGAUAAUCUCCAAACCGAUAAGAGACCUGUGUCCUUCCAGAGGAAGAAAACGUUUUGUGAGUGAAGGAGAUGGAGGACGUCUGAAAUCAGAGAGCUACUAACGGGCAUCGCAGUCUCCGCAUCAGACAUGCGGGACAAUGGAAAACAAAUCACUUAAGUCAACAAGCACGGUUCAUGUUAAAUACAUUUAUUUCAUCAUUCUAAAAUGUUAUGGGUACUAAGCCUUUCUUAUAUAGUUUAUACAUUCACUUUCUCAGUGACUGGGCGUUUAGGUGCAAGGAGGCUCCAGAAAGGAAAAUCCACAUACGGGUGGUGAAUUGAAUAAGCUAGUUUUCUGUAAAGUGCCAUUGGUUUAGGGCCCAAUCAUUCCAUGAUCUGCAUCCCUGUGCAAAUGCCACACUUUCCUUUCAAGCUCAGUGCUUUUUGUAGUAAAAUCACUGGUUUCAUGAAAAGCUUUAUAAUACGGGGAAGAGGGAUACCCAAGCCCCACGUUGGCUGCUGCGGUUUAACACUUUUCAGUAAGGGAGAAUUGAUUUAUUUUCGGUAAUGCAUCGACUUGUGCUGGGGGGGGGGGCAUGUCUUGCUCCCUUGAAGCAAAUAAAGGGGAAAUUGAACCUUUGUAUUCAUCUUUCCAGAGAACAUUUUAGUUUUGACACGAGUGUUCAGAAUAUGGUGGCUGGAACAUCUAUUUUUCUACAAAAGUAUUAACUGGAAAUAUGAAUGGAGUUCUGCUAGAAUGUGCGAGUGUAUAUAUGGAAAAAAACUAAAUAAAUAUUUAGUGAUGCAAAUAA